UCGGAUUAUGGUGCUACUACUUGGCUGCAGUCGCUCCUAAACUUUCUUGGUUUAAAAGUUAUGUCAGGGAUUUCUUGACACUGACAUAACUCUCUAGCCAUUUCUUUAUGUAGGUUUACGUUUCUUAUUACAAUAUUUUAAUGACAUGCUAGGUUUGUGCUUUGUUUGACUCAGCAUUUGACUUCUAGCUAUCUAACCUGAGUUAACGUCACAGCAAGCUAACAUUAGCUAGCUACAGCAAAUGAAACGUUAGCUACUUAUUGUUAAAGCGAUGAGUCGUCAACGGGAGCAAGGUGCGCACUCACCCAGACUGGAGGCUGUGAUUCAGAAGUUGGAGGAGUCUCUGCUUCACUCUGAUGGGAGCUCAGCAGAGGGGACUCUGACACUUCAAAUAGAUGGAGAGGAGUCCGGUGUCCCACCUACGCCUGUCUUCACCCGCAUCCGGCAGAUCAUCACACACAAUCUGGCAGAGAAGCCAGCUGGAGAGCGCUCUGAGGUCAGCGAGCUGGAGGAGAGCAAGGUCCUGAGGGAGCAGUUUUCUCCGAGCCAGAUGAACCGUGACCAGCUGCUAGUCAAACAGGCCAGUCUCACAGACAGGCUCGAUCAGAUGCUGAUGCUGGACGCAGACCAGGACAGUGUAUCACCAGGAUCCCUGCAGUUGCAGAUCAAGGAGAGAGCAUACAGGCAAAAACUGCGGUCAUACCAGGAGGCCCAGCAGAGACAAGCCCAACUUGUUCAGAAGCUACAGACCAAGGUUCUUCAGUACAAGAAGAGGUGUGGGGAGCUAGAAGAGCAGGUGCUAGACAAGACAUCAGAGUCUGAGAAGAUGAGAUUGUUGCUGCAGGCCCACCUAGACUCAGCCCAGCGUCAGCAGCGGACAGAGCAGGAUCUCAACAUGGCUAUCCAGAAUAAGUCUGCUCAGCUGGAGGAGGAGCAGAAGAGGUGUGCCAGCCUCAGCCAAGUCAACUCUAUGCUGCGGGAACAACUGGACCAGGCAGGCACAGUCAACCAGGGGCUAACGGAGAGCUUGUGGAAGGCCCGCGAGGAUGUUGACUUGUGUGAUACCCGUCUGCGCAGAGAGCAAGAGACGUUUGCCUCCCGACUGUGUCGUGAACAGGCUCGUGUCAGAACACUGUGGCGCCAGGCUGCUUCCUUGCGGAACACUUUCACCCAGCUCAGGACUUUCACUGACAGGACAUUGUCUGAUAUGCGUGGGGAGUGUGUUGCUGCCAGCCGGCAGCUGAAUGUUGCCUGCAUGAAUUUAGAGGUCAGAGUUACACAGGAGAGUACCUCUAGUGGUGUGGAGAUGUCAGCACUGGAGAGGCAGCUGAAGGACAAACUGAAGGAGGCCAUGCAGCUUCAGGGUCGCUGGGAUGCCGAGAAAGUUGACCUUAACUCCAGAAUCCUGGAGCUGACUGACACAGUGAAGUACCUCCGCAGCCAGAACAGUGAGAAGGAUUCCAGCCUCAAGGCCAUGCAGAUCAGUCUGGACAGGAUGGAGACAAGGAGAACAGAGGAUAAAGGAGAGAUGGAGGUCCUACACACUGAGAUCCAGGCCCACCAAAAGAUUUUGUAUCAAGUUCACCAGAUUGUUGGUGGUGGGGGUGAUGGCAACAGUAGCUCUGAAAGUGCAUCCUCUUCACCUCUUCAUGGACGCUCUCCUCUGAGGAACACUACCCUGAUGGCUGUGCAGAGUGUUUGUGCCAAGCACCAGAAACAAACACAGGACCUGCGUGGGCGUCUGGAUGCUGCCCUGGAGCAAGUGGAGACACUGCGUGAUCACCUGCAGGAGAGGGACACUGAGAUGAGAGAGCUAGAGCAGAAGAUCCAGGAAGUAAGGAGGGAAAGUCACGAGGCUAAAACAGCUCUGGAGGAAAGCCUCAGAGACAGCAACAGAUAUCGCUGCUCACUGGAGCUUAUCUCCAGUGAGAAGGGCAUCCUGGAGAAGCUGCUGUCAGGUCUGCAGCAGAAGGCAGACUCCCAUCAUGCCGAGCUGGAGGUACUGCGAGGUUCAUCACUGGAGAUCCAGAGACAGCGGGACCUCCUGAAACAGCAGAGAGAGGAUCUGGAGAUACAGCUGACACGCCAGCGCACAGAGGCCCAAAGAGGUGAGAGGAGUCUGGAGGAACUUGAAGGAAAGCACUCAGAUCUGCGUAGGGAGCUUGUAACAGUGGAGGAGGCUCUGAGUCAAAUCACUCUGCAGAAGGAGGUGUUGGAGGAAGAUAAGGCCAGCCUUGCUCUGGCUCUCAGCAAGAUGGAGUCGCAGAUUGCUGCACAUGAGUCAGUCCUCACCAAACUGCAGAAUCAGGAGGCAACCCUAAAAGAUUCUCUUGCUAAAAUGGCAGCGCUGAGCGAAGGUUUAGCCAAAGACAAGGUGGAACUUAAUCGUAUUCUGUUGCAGACAGAAGGUGAGAAGACAGAGCUUGGUAAAUGUAGACGGGAAGCUGAAAUGGAGCGGACCGCAGCCAGAGAGGAGACAGCAUGGGUGCAACAAGAGAUGAUGAAUAUGCUCGCUGAGAAACAAGCCCUGGAGAGCUCCCACAGCCACUUGCAGGAUCUCUGCCAGAGGCUAGAAACAGAGCUGAGACUGCUGCAGACGGAGAAUGCUCAGGCCCUAGAGCGGCACUCCCAGGUCAACAGGGAGAUGCAGACUGUUUCAGAGGAGCUGUGUGCGUGCAGGAAGCAGCUUAAGACACAGACCACAGCCCUAAAGAGAGCUACCCAUGACAGGGAGGAGCUGGCCAAGGCCAGGGCUGCUCUGGAUGUCAAACUAAACUCUGCUGACCGAAAGGCCUGUGGUCUCACGCAGGAGCUGGUUUCGCUUAGAGCAGAGAAAGAGUCCCUGGAAACCGCUCUGUUUGAGAGCCAGGAGCUUGCCUCGUCUCUGGAGGCAGAGUGCACCAGGAUGGGGAGGGAGAGGCAUAGUUUGCUCCUGGCUAACGAGGCCUUGACGCGGGAUGCUGCUCGGAUGCGUGUGGAGGCUGAAUGUCAGUUUGUCCACGCUGCACAAGAGCGGAGUAAUCUGGAGGAGAAGCUGGCUCAGGUGGAAAGGAAUGCCCUGCUGACCCUGAAUAACAAAGAGCAAAUUCACAGAGAGCAGCAUGAAGCUGAACGCCGGCAAAAGGAACAACAGUACACAGAGCUGACAGUUCAGCGGGAGCAGGCUGAGGAGCAGCUGCGUAGACAGUGUGAGGAACAGCGUGUGCACAGUCAGAAGGAGCUGCAGCAGGUGCAGGAGGAGCUGGUCAGGCUGCAGCAAGACUUCAACCAAAGCCUCCUGCAAGCUGAGAGUGAAAAGCAGCAGGCUUUAUCCCAGAAAGAGGCAGAAAAGGCUGCCCUCACGGAGAAGCUAGCAGCCCUGCAGCAAGACCUGGCCACAGCAGGCAUGGAGCUUGAGUGCGUGCAGAGAGAGGCACUUAGCAAACAGGAGCAGGAUAAGAAUGCAAAGGCUGUCCUUCAGUCUGAGCUGCAAGAUUUGCAGACUCAAUUUGAGGAGUCUUUGAACUCUCAUGAGCAUGCCAAGAAGAGUCUAAUUGAGCAAGUCAGAGAGUUGAACCAACAGAGAGAACAUGCACAACAGGAGUUAGAGGGCCUUCGUCGUCAUCUGCAGGAGGCAGAGGAUGGGCUAAUUAAAGGACGAAGGGAGCUGAUUGAAGCUCACAGAGAGCUCCAGGAGUGUGCACAAGAGCGGGACAAGCAACGGAAAGAAGUUCUGGACCUGAGAAGGCUUCUGGGUGAUGAGACCAGAGAGAAAGAGGCUAUCCAAGCCUCUAACCAGGAGCUAAGAGCUUUUUUUAAGAGAACAGAGAGUGACAACAGCAGCUUGAGACGAGCCUUGGAGGAGAUGGAGCAGAAAGUGUCUAUCUCAGAGGAAUGUAGAAGCUCGAUGCACCAAGAGGCAACCACUCUACGGAGCAGUAUGAGAGAGCUGGAGAAGUCUCGCCUGCAGGCACGCAGAGAUCUGCAGGAGCUGCGCAGACAGAUAAAGGUCCUUGAAGGUGAGAACAACCGCCAGAAACAGGAGCUGCGAGAGCUGCAGGCCCGGGUAUGUCAGGAGGAGCAGAAGGAGGAGGAGGCACGUCGCAAGGCUUUCACUCUCAAGCAGAGAGUGCUGGAGUGUGAGGCUGGCAGGGAAGCAGCGCUCAAUGAGGUUUCAGGUCUGCAGCGCCGUGUGGUGGAGCUGGAGAAACUGGAGCAUCAGAACCAAGAGCUGCUGCAGGAGAGAGAGGCUUAUCAGCAGCAGUGUGACCAGAGGCACAGAGAAACCACUGCCCAGCUAGAGGAAGCACUAGAAGAUGCUGGGAUCAAGGUCAAGGAACUCUCUGUGCAGGUUGGCUUUGCUGAAAGCAAGGUCCAGGGCCUGGAAGAACAGCUGGGCCUUAGCCAUGCCAAACACAGGGACCUGGAGCUCAAGUUGGAGGGGAUGUACUCAGCUGUGCGCCGCACUGUUGGCACCAGCCAUCCAAGGCUUUCAGGCACACCUGGGUUCCGUAGACGGUCUCCCUCUCCCUGGAGAAACCACCUGCAAGUAAAAGGGGUAGACAAUGAGACAGACAGAGCUGCUGUGCUGCCCCUGUCUCGUGGUGAAGAUGAAGAGCUGGAUUUGGACUCAGUGCAUACAGCCCUGCAGGAAUUCCAGCAGAAGUUCAGAGACACACAAAGAGACAGGGAUGAAGCCACGGCUCAGAUAGUUUUUCUAAGUCAGCAGAUGACAGAGCUUCAAGACAGCCAGGAUAAAACAGCCACCCAGCUGUUACAACUACAGAAUUCCUUGAAGCAAUCAGAGCAGGGAAAAAGAGAGAUGGCAGAGCGAUUACACAAGGUGCAUACAUCCCUUUCCCUGCAGGAAGAAGUAGUACGUUGUACAGAGAGGGAGAAACAAAACCUUGAGGAGGAGGUAGCUCAGUUGAGGACUGGUCUACAAGCUGCGGAGGCUGAGUCCAGGGCACUUCAAGACAAGUCAGAGCUCCUGCAGGGCUUAGAAUCUUGUGCACAAGUAGAACAACAGAAGCUAAAGGAGUCUCUGCAAGCAGCAGAGAGCAGGGUGAGCCAUCUGGAGCUCUCCCAACGCACCCUUGAAGGUGAGCUACAGAGGGCCCAGCUCAGGGCAGCUGAGCUGGAUGCAGAAGCAGGGGCACUGCAGGAAAGACUGACGGAGCUGAGGAGGAAGCUGGGUGAGAGCGAGGACCGCGGUGCAGCACUGAGGGUCAGCGAGGAGAGGUUGGCCAUGUCACUGGCUCGAGCUGAGCAGCAUGAGAGCCAGCUGAGAGAACAGAUCCACAAAUUGUCCAACACCCUCAGUGACAACAGGACCAGCAGUGGAGCUCUGCAGGAGCAGAUCACACAGCUGCAGAGGGCUCUGACUGCCAGUGAGCAGGACCGAAAGCUGCUGCAGGAGCGUCUGGAUAAAACGCGAGAUACCCUUUCAGAGAGAAAGAGGCUGAACUACGCACUAACAGAGCAGAUCCAGAACCUUCAAAGAGCCCAAGAGGACUUAGAGCUUAAAUAUUUUGAGCUGGAGAAGCAUAGCAGGACACAGAAGGAGAGCCUGAAACAACAGCAGGAAGCUGAACUGCAGGCCCAGGGGAGCUCCCAGCAGCUGCAGCGAGAGAAGGAGGAACUCCAGGACAAGGUCAACAAUCUUCAGAGCUCUUUGCAAAAGCUACAGAGUGAGAAAGCAGAGAUGGAGAGAGUGCUGACACGCCUUGGUAAAGACAAGUCAGCACUCAGAAAGACACUGGAGAGGGUGGAGAUGGAGAGGCUGAGGAGGGAGGAGGAGGAGGCAGUGUCGGCAGCCAGAGAGAAGGAACAGUUGGAACAGACAGUCUGCAGCCUGCAACAGGAGCUGGCAAAAAAGCAGGAUGAAGAGCAGGCAGUGCAGGCCAAAAUCUCCCAGUUGGAGCAUUCUCAUGCACAGCGCCUCCUGGAGGUGACAGCCCGCCAUCACCAGGAGUUGGAUAUGGAGACGGAGCGUCUGAGAGACAGCCAGCUCCAAGCAGAGCGGGCCUUGGGGACCAGAGAGAAGGCCCAUCGCCAGAGGGUCAAAUGUCUGGAGGAACAGGUGCUGACUCUGAAAGAGCAGCUAGAUCAGGAGACAAGAAGACGACAGGCCUAUUUCAAUCAGAUGCUACUACCUGGUGUGUAGGCAGAGUGAAGUAUUUAGCACCUCUGGCUUCCUUGUUCACUGUUCCUCUGCCAGCUUCCCAACAACUUAUGUUACAAGUUAGGUCUGCACACACAAACACACUCCUAAGACAUUUUCUCUCACCCAUUCACAUGUGCACACUGGAUUACAUUAAUCUGCAGGAAAAUGUAACAACAACAAACAAUGAAGGUUUUGUUUAUAAGUGGACUGGAUGUGCCAAAUUGUUUUAAGGAUUUCCUCUAGCUCGCUACAUUUGGCCUUUCUGUAAUGCUGUCAUUUCUUUUAGGAAACAAUGUAAUGAAAGGUUUCCUGAGUUUGUUCCUCAUUAUACUUUUUUUAUUGUUUCUAAACUCAUUUUUCCUAUUGAUCAUUUACCAAUUGUAUUUGUCAUAAUCACACUUUGUGUAUCCUAGUGAGAAUAUACAUUCAAAAAUUUACAAUAAUUGUUAGCAGAUGUUCCUGGUGCUAUGAUUAAUUAGUGUUUCAGCAAGUCAAAAUUAUUCUAUUAUGUGUUGUAUUUGACUCAAUCGAUGCUAGUGUUUGCAAAAGCUGUGAUUGUUUAUAAUAAAGUGGGUGUAUCAGAGCUCAAUUAUACAA